AUGCUGAACUUCUAUCUUCUCUUCAUCGUACUUCACGUCUCUGAAGGCUGUAUUCUGGUAAACAGUGGAAGAGCACUGAGUAUCACAGCUCAUACAGGAGAGUCAGUACUGCUGCCCUGUUCCUGCACUGAUCUAAACUCCACACCUGAUACAUUCACCUGGGAGAAACACAACACAAUCAGUAACAGAUAUGAGGAGAUAUCCAGUGAGAGUGAUCAGUACAGAAACAGAGUUCAGCUGUUUAAUAAUCUCUCUCCAGCUAAUCUCUCUCUACUCAUAUCACACCUGACUGAAGAGGAUGAUGGAUGGUACAGGUGUAAAGUUAAACAUGGUGAAUACACAGACAUCAGACUCUCUGUUAAAGACUGUUCUCUGGUAAACAGAGGAGAAAUACUGAGUAUCAACGCUCAUACAGGAGAGUCAGUACUGCUGCCCUGUUCCUGCACUGAUCUAAACUCCACACCUGAUACAUUCAGCUGGAGGAAACUCAACACUAUCAGUAACAGAUGGGAGAACAUAUCCAGUGAGAGUGAUCAGUACAGAAACAGAGUUCAGCUGUUUAAUAAUCUCUCUCCAGCUAAUCUCUCUCUACUCAUAUCACACCUGACUGAAGAGGAUGCAGGAGAUUACAGGUGUAAUAUUAAACAUGGUGAAUUCAGAGACAUCAGACUCACUGUUAAAGUUACAGCAGAGGUCUCAAGACAAACCUCUUCAACUACUCCAAUCACAUCAUCAUCUCCCAGACCUAGUGCUACACCCAACACACUUCCUCCAGCUGAAGGACAGAGACAGGGACAGAUGGAGAGCAAAGAUCAAAAGCAGCAGAGAAGAGAGAAGGACACCCAGGAUCAAGUGACAUACUCCACUAUAGCCCACAGUAACACAACCAGACAAGUCACGGUGACGGACACUGAAGAAAACACUGAAUACGCCACCAUCAGAGGUUCUCCACACUCUCUGCCAUUUGUCCCGUUUGCCUUGGCAACAGUGAUCUUCCUCCACAUUAUAGUAGCUGUGGUUUACUGCACCAAGAGAACUAAAGGUGCCCUGUCUUAUAUAUGA